AUGUCGAAGAAUCCAAAGGUCUUCUUUGACAUAGUGAUAGAUAAGAUGAAAGCAGGCAGGGUAGUAAUGGAACUGUUUGCAGAUACAGUCCCCAGAACAGCGGAGAACUUUCGAGCUCUUUGUACCGGGGAGAAGGGCAUUGGAAGAGUAGGGAAGCCUCUUCAUUACAAGGGCUCUUCUUUCCACCGAAUAAUCCCCAAGUUCAUGUGUCAGGGUGGAGACUUCACUAGAGGAAACGGCACAGGUGGGGAGUCGAUCUACGGCGAGAAGUUUUCGGAUGAAAACUUCAAGCUGAAGCACACUGGCCCUGGCAUCCUGUCCAUGGCGAAUGCGGGGCCAAACACGAACGGCUCCCAGUUCUUCAUUUGCACUGAGAAAACCCCAUGGCUUGAUGGUAAGCACGUGGUGUUUGGCCAAGUCGUGGAUGGCUACAGCGUUGUCAAGGAGAUGGAGAAGGUUGGGUGUUCUAGUGGCACCACUUCCAAAACUGUAGUUAUUGAGGAUUGUGGUGAGGUUCCUGGGGGGCAGUGA